AAUUUGUUACUCAGUGCAUAACCAAGUCUCACCAUGUUUAGAACAAUAAUUGUCGCCGCUCUUGUGGCUUGUGUGGCUGCUGAUGGAAUUCCAAGUUUUGUCACUGCUGGCAAAUGUGCGUCAGUGGCAAACCAGGACAACUUCGACCUCCGUAGGUACGCUGGUCGUUGGUAUCAAACCCACAUCAUAGAAAACGCUUACCAGCCGGUAACUCGAUGCAUAAACUCCAACUAUGAAUAUUCCGGGAAUGACUAUGGCUUCAAGGUGACCACCGCUGGCUUUAACCCAAAUGACGAAUACCUCAAGAUAGACUUUAAGGUCUACCCCACUAAGGAGUUUCCAGCCGCUCACAUGCUCAUUGAUGCUCCCUCAGUGUUCGCUGCCCCCUACGAGGUGAUCGAGACAGACUACGAGACCUACUCCUGCGUCUACUCAUGUAUCACCACCGAUAACUACAAAUCUGAGUUCGCCUUCGUGUUCUCCCGGACACCCCAGACCUCAGGACCCGCCGUGGAGAAGUGUGCUGCUGUCUUCAACAAGAACGGUGUUGAGUUCUCCAAGUUUGUACCUGUUUCACACACGGCUGAGUGUGUCUACAGAGCUUAAGACAUUAAACUACAUAGAUUAA